AUGCAUCGAACAUAUUCUAUGCGCCAGUCGCGCGCCCCUACAGCUUCUCAGAUUGAGAAUCCUCCGCCGCCACCGUCUUCCACGAAAAGUGGGCGCCUGUUCGGCCGAGGCAACUUUGGACAUGCUUUCCGAAAGGGCACCGCCGGCGCCUUUGGGCCAGACCUCGCCAAGAAGCUUUCCCAGCUCGUCAAGAUGGAGAAGAAUGUCAUGCGCAGUAUGGAAUUGGUGGGUCGGGAACGAAUGGAGGUCGCUCAACAACUGUCCCUCUGGGGAGAAGGCUGCGACGAGGACGUCAGCGAUGUGACGGACAAGCUCGGUGUUUUGAUCUAUGAGAUUGGCGAACUGGAAGACCAGUUCGUCGACCGCUACGAUCAAUACCGUGUAACCAUCAAGUCGAUCCGCAACAUCGAAGCCUCGGUCCAGCCAUCGCGAGACCGCAAGCAGAAGAUCACGGACCAGAUUGCGCAGCUCAAGUACAAGGAACCCAAUAGCCCUCGAAUUGUUGUCCUCGAGCAGGAACUCGUCCGAGCUGAAGCCGAAUCAUUGGUCGCCGAGGCCCAGCUCUCCAACAUCACCCGCGAAAAGCUCAAGGCCGCCUUCAAUUACCAGUUUGAUGCGAUUCGCGAACAUUGCGAGAAAGUCGCCAUCAUUGCUGGCUAUGGAAAGCACCUGUUGAGUCUCAUCGAUGACACUCCGGUCACCCCCGGCGAGACGCGCAAUGCGUACGACGGAUAUGAAGCUUCCAAGGCUAUCAUUCAGGACUGCGAGGAUGCCCUGACGAACUGGGUGUCAUCCACGGCCCAAGUUAGCGCGAAGCUUUCCACCCGAUCACGAACUCUGAGCCAGAGAAGGAAGGCCAGCUCUCACAAAGGCGAGGGAGUCGAUCUCGCUGGUCAAGACCCCCCAAUGAAGAACGAUCGCGAUGGCUGGGUGCCUGCAGGCCAACACGGCGAGUAUGAGCAAGAAGAAGAGGAGGAGGAAGAGGAAGAGGAGGAAGAAGAAAGACCACAACAAACCAAUGGUGAGUUUCUGGGACCUUGGUGCUUCGAUGCGCCGGUUCGCAUCGAAAAUUGGACGUGGGAGCCAGGUCGCUAA